AUGACAUGAUUGAACGAUACUUGGAGCAGCAGCCUGCUGUGAUGGCAGCGCUUAUGUCACCAAAUAUUAAAAGGGAAAAGGACCUGGACACACUGAGCUCAGAUGACAUCACUCUUGCUGAACAUUUCAUCAAAGUCCUGGGCCCGCUGAAAACAAUCACUACCAUUCCCUGUGAAUCAAGCAUGCCAACUCUAUCAAUGGUGAGGCCACUUCUUCAGAACCUAUCACAAGCUAUGGCCCCAAAUGUUGAGGAUGUUAAACCUGUCUCUCAGAUGAAAGCUGCUAUUCUGAACAGGCUUGCAAAAAGGUACACAGAUGUGGAGAUAAAAAGAGUACUGCUACAAGCAUCGUUUGUUGAUCCCAGGUUCAAAGCUCUGCCCUUCCUCAGCCAACAAGAGAAGCUGGAGGUCCAAGAAUCUCUUUGUGACUUGGCUGAAGCAAUGAAUGACAGCUCCCUUGAGUAUUGUAUCGUUAAAUCUGAACCAUAUGCUCGGAGUGAUCCACCACUACCAGAUGUACCAGUACAGGUGCCCACAGCUGUGAAGGAGGAAGUAGUCAACCCACCUAAGAAGACGGCAUUGUCUUCAUUAUUUGGUGAUGUCUUUGUUGUUUCUCAUGUACCUGCCACACUGACCAAGAAGGAGAUGAUACAUAAUGAACUCAAAGAUUACACUGGAGAAGAAUGUGCAGAUGUGAACACCAAUCCACUCAAGUGGUGGCAUGUGCAUGACCUUAAAUAUCCAUUCUUGAGCAAAGUAGCAAAGUACUUAUUAUGUAUUCCAGCUACAUCAGUUCCCAGUGAAAGGGUUUUCAGUACUGCUGGGGAUAUUGUAACAGUUCAGAGAGCUACACUGGCUCCAGACCAAGUAGACAAAUUAAUCUUCCUGAAAAGAAAUGUUACCAUUUAA